GGUUGCGGCUGAGGCGACGAAGGAGCGCGGCGGGCGCACCAUGGGAGAGCCACGGUAUCUUCAGGCCGACUACGCCUUCCGGCAUGGCGGGCACACCGUCCGGCUGACCCUCGCCCGGUCGGCGCUGGAGGUGGAGGUGGAGGCUCACCUCACUGCUGACCAGUGGAGGGGCGAGUUCGAUGCCACCUUCAUUGAGGACCUGACCCACAAAACAGGGAAUUUCAAGCAGUUUGGGAUUUUCUGCAGCAUGUUAGAGUCGGCACUGAUGCAGAGCAGUGAGUCCGUCAGCCUUGAGCUGCUCACCUACGCUGACCUGGAAACCCUACGUAGUCGGAAAGUGGGGGCAAUCACCCGGCCCCCUGCUUCUGCCACUUCCCCGCUCAGCGCCAAGCGUUACCUCAUCCUUGUCUACUCCGUCGAGUUCGACAGAAUCCACUACCCACUGCCGCUGCCCUACACGGGGAGGCCAGAUCCUGCCGCGCUGCGCAAACUAGUGCGGGAGCUGAGGGAUGAGCUGGCGCAGCUCCGAGCUCAGCAUGGGGAGGAUCGCCGAGACACCGAGAUCCGGCGCUUGCGGGAUGAGCUGCAGCGGGCACUGGAGGAGAAACGGGCAGCAGAAGCAGCACUACGGCGAGAGCCAGAUGGUGGGACGGCAACAACGACAGCGCUGCAACGAGCAGCGAGACGUUUGGAGGAUGAGUUGUUGCGGGAGAAAGCCCGGCACCAACGUGAACACCGGCAGCUGACCGCUGAGCUCGCAGAGGCAAAGGCGUCAGAGCGGAGGCUGCAGCUCCGUGUGAAGAGCCUGACGGCUGAGUUGGCCUCCUGCAAGAGGGGCCGCCGGACACCCAUUGGCACGGCCCCUCUUUCCCAGGAGCGAUGUUCCCCAUCGCGUGCCUGGCCGCCGCGCUCGACAUCUCGAGAGAGUCGCGGUGGUAGCCAGGGCCAUCCCCCGGCACGGUCCCCAUCGCCUGCAGGCCCCCGCCCGGCACGCUUCGACCCCACCGCCUUCGUCAGAGCCCGGCAGCGCCGGCAGAAGGAGACCGAGCUGAAAAACCAGCGGCGCGGGGCGGCUUUUGGCAGCACCAGCCCGGCGAGAAGCCAUGGCCGCAGCUCUUCGGCCGAAAGCUUCCGGAGCCAGCGCUCAGCAGUGAGCUCUGGCAGCGAAGCUGAUGAGCGCUCCGAGCCCCUGCCCCCAAGGGGCAGGAGGGUGAGCCGUACCCGGAGACCCCUGAGUGCCUCGUCCUCCAACGGCCCCGGCACGGUCCCUCGCCCGGCUGCUGGCCACAAACCACCCACAGGCAGCGCUGCUGGCAAGUGCCCUGGUAAAGAGAACCGCUAUGAGGAGCCCUCGGCCGACCUGGCCGAGAUUGACGCCCGGCUGCAGGCGCUGCAGGAGUACAUGGACAGCUUGGACACCCGCACGUGA